UAUUGCCUCGCGCUGGAAUCCAUCAGAGCUCGCGUGUCGGUUUCCUCGCGGAUCACGCCCUCAUUUGCGUGAUUUCCUGCCGCAGCUCGCCUCUACAUUUGCGUGCUGAAGCCCCGUGUGCUCCGGCCCUCUUUGACUGUCAAAGCAGGCGGCAGGUGCUCCUCCUCCUCCUGCUGCUGCCUGCGCAUCCCUCCUCCAGUCGCUAGCACAGAGGAGCGCAUGGGAGUGCCCCCGCUCCGCUCGGCUCCGCUCACACAGCCUCCUCCUCCUCCUCCGCUCCUGACUGUAGAGCCGCAGCGGUUCCGGACUCCGUCAGAGCCCGCUCUGCAUCCUCCCAGCCCCGCACGAAACCCGCCAGCGGUCCUGUACGACAGGCCCGACGAGGAGCAGCACCAUGGAAGAGUUAGACGUCCCACAGAUGAAGAGGGAAGUUGAAAGCCUUCAAUAUCAACUGGCAAUCAACAGAGAGAAAUCCUCCAUCACCGUUACAGAGCUGGUGAAGUGGAUCGAGGGCUGCGUCUGCGAAGAUCCCUUCCUGAACCCUGAACUGAUGCGUGCCAACCCCUGGGUGGAGAAGGGCAAAUGCGUGAUCCUUUGAUGAUCACGCACGGCCCGUCACGGAUGCACGCAACCAGGAGUACCACGCACUCUCACACAGCCUUGCUGCACUAACUCACACAUCACGGCUAUAACCCUUUUUAUUUAUUUAUUUACCCCGGAUGCUGUUCCCAAAGUGUGUGUGAGCGCGAGUUUAGCGUUGAGUAGCUUUCUAGAGCUUCGAGAAAUGUUUGACGACACCCUUUUAUUGGCUCUUUACACUGUCAAUCCAAAUAAAGACUGUUUUAAAUUAA